AUGGAUGUGAAGACGAUUCAACACAUCAAAGCCUUUGUCAAGCUGCGCCUGCGGCGCAACUUGACUGUUGACGAAAAGUUGGAUAUCCUGUGGCUGCAAGCUACCCAUCGUGAGGUCAACUCAGCAAACGUCACUGACGUCAUCUCACAGCUUCUCGGCCGUGCACCUAAGACUGGCAAGCCGAAGUCCACGCCUAAGGGAACAUGGAAGAAGAGCGCGCUCUACGAAGCUUGUGUACAGUACCAGCUCCAGGAUGUUUCGCCAAUUGACAUAAAGUCGACGAUCUGGACGACGUUGAAGAAGCACCUGGAUGAGCAUGUCCCUCCUGUCGUGGUGUCCAUGGCGCGAUCGCGCGGCCAUCAUGUCGUCUACGCAGCACCUGGGUUUUCCGACCUACAGCCAAUCGAAAUGGUGUGGGCCAACGUGAAGGCGCGCUUUUCACGAGUUGGACUCGGCGUCAUAUGCAAUACUAUCAAAUCAUCGACGGAAAAGCUCCUUGCUCUGCACCAGGUGCUCCGUGCUGUUGAAGAAGUGGAGCCUAUUUGCUAUGACCAAGCAAGCAACAGCGAGACAUCUCUCAACGACGACUCGUCUUCAUCUAGCGAGAGUAGUGGUUGUGAAAACGAAGGCUAA